AUGUUCAAGCAGAGCCCGUUGAGGGCCAGGGCCCGACCCAAGACACUCAUUCUCCUGGCCGUGGCCGCUUUCCUUUUCUACACAUCAUGGACGGCGUACAUCCGCAACGGGCGGGACGUCGCCAUCUGGCGCCACGGGCACGCGGCGACACUGGCCGAGGAGACACCCACGAAGCCUGUCGUCCCGCUCACUGAGCCGUGGAAGCCGGAGCAGCCCAAGACGACGCCGGCGGACGCGGACGCCAAGAAAGACGACGGCGAAUUGAAGAAGCAGGAGGACGACAAGAAGACGGAAGAGGACGAGAGGGUCAAGGAGUGGGAGAAGCAGCAGGACCAGCCGCAGACCGUGCCAGUGCACGACGAGGCGGAGGACAAGAAGAAGGCCGAGGAGGAGAAGCGGAAGAAGAAGAUCGAGGAGGAGGCGAAGAAGAAGAAGGAGAAGGAGGAGGCGGAGGCCAAGCGGAAGAAGAAGGAGCAGGAUGCGGAGGCUGCGAGGUCGCACCACGAGCAACAGUUGCGAGACCAGUUCGCGAGGGAGUAUGAAGCCGCCAAGAAGCUUCCUGGCAGCGGCGCCAUCUAUGGCAACACGCUCGCCUCUCUGAGCCGCAAGGACGACCGCCCGGCCAAGUUCGCAGACCGCUUCAGACAGUCCGCCGCGGAGGAGCAGCCCUGGGCCGCGAACCAGCGGCCGGUGCACUUCGACCCGUACCCGGACUACAACAGCGACGAGUGGAACAAGACGCGCCGCGCCGCGUACGUGCCGUGCGUCGGCGCGCUCGGCGAGCCCGUGGAAGACCUGCUCGUCUUCAAGGGCCACCCGCGCGACUUCCCCAAGCCGGGCAUGGGCGGCUUCGACAUCAUGGACAUGGACGGCGACAUCUGCUACGAGCGCGACACGCGGCUGGGCCAGUACGGGCUGACGCCGCAGCUGCACGCCAAGACGGGCCUGCCGAUCGACUGGGACAGCGUCAAAUGGGGCGAGCUGCAGACGAAGUGCGCGAAGCAGAACGCGGCUCGGUUCGGCAAGGGCAAGCCGAACGAGUACCUCAUCACGGCGUACGAGGACAUCGCGAGCAAGUACGGGAACGAGAUGAGGAAGCGGGAGGACGGCGGCGAGCUGGAUGCGCGGGAGGACACGGCUCACGAGAGCCGGACCGCCGUGCUGCUGAGGACGUACACCGGCAAGAAGUACACCGAGAACGACAAGCAGGUGAUCCGGGCGCUCGUCUCGGAGCUGUCGCUGCGGUCUGGUGGAGAGUACGAGGUGUUCCUCCUGCUGCACGUGCGCGACGACUCGGUCAACAUCUUUGACGACAAGGAGCGCCAGAACGUGCUGGACAAGCACAUCCCGAAGGAAUUCCACAGCAUGACCAAGGUCUGGAACGACCAGGCCGUGUGGGACAUCUACACGGCGCUGACGGACGCCGAGGAGCGGACGGUCCACCACGCGCAGUGGCUCUCUGUCCAGAAGUUCAGCAUCGACCACCCGGAGUUCGAUUUCAUCUGGAACUGGGAAAUGGACGUCCGCGUCGUCGGGCACAACUACGACUUCGUGCGCCGGCUGGAGGGCUUUGCGCGGAACCAGCCGCGCCGGGGCCUGUGGGAACGCAACGAGCGGUACUACAUUCCCGCCUUCCAUGGCGACUACGACACCGAUUUCCGUCUGCAUACCGAGCAGGCCACGCGCGGCAGCCAGGUUUGGGGCCCGCCGAAGGUGUCCUUUAUCAACCCCGUCGGUCCCAAGCCGCCGGUCGCGAACCCCGAAGACGACGCGUAUAAGUGGGGUGUCGGGGAGGACGCCGACCUGAUCACGUUGGGUCCGAUCUUCAACCCGGUGAACAGUAGUUGGAUUUUUGGUGAUAAUAUCUGGGGAUAUAAGGAUGAGGAGAACCCCGAUCCCAGGACGCUCCCGCGCCGGACGACGAUUGUGACGCAGUCCCGCCUUUCGAAGCGUCUUUUGGAUAUCAUGCAUGUCGAGAACCUGCGCGGUAACCACAUUGCGUCGGAAAUGACCCCCCAGACCGUGUCUCUGCUGCACGGUUUCAAGGCCGUUUUCGCACCGCACCCUACCUGGUUCGACCGUCCCUGGAACGGUGCGUUCCUGGACAAGUGGUUCAAUUCAGGAGACAUGGGCAGUGGCGGCGAGGGUAGUCCUUUCGGCUACGGACGAGAGAGGAGGUACCAAGGCACUACGUGGUACUACCGCGCGGAGCCCCCUUCCCGGUUGUACAACAACUGGAUGGGCUACGUCGAUACGGAUAUCGGCGGUAGGAACUGGGAGAUCGAGCACGGCCGGCCUUGUCUGCCGCCGAUGAUUCUACAUCCCGUCAAGGAGGUCGAGCCGACGGAAGCUGGGUUCGCUACCCGGUUUGAGCUUAACUACGGUUAA